AUGACGAGCAUUUUGAAGAUAAAAGCCUUAAGCAAAUGGCGCUCAGGAGCAGCACCUUCCUUGGCGAGGAGGGCCGGGGCUGUGACGGUGGCCAGGAAUGGCACACACAGCCCCCCAAACCAGGAGCCCGUCAGCCCGCGGCUGCCGGUGGCAGCUGAGGCGCCGCCGCCUGUGCCCGAGGCCGCCCUGCUCGGUGCCCCUCAGUCCCUCCCGUGCCUCCCUCACUCACCCACGGCCGCCGCACCGCGCGUCCCCCGCACCGCUUCCGGAGGGCGGCCAGGCCGACCAGCGCCGCCCCUCCGGGGGCUGGGCCCGGCUCCUCCUCCCGCCGGCGCUGCCGACACGUUCCCUGUGCCCGGGGCCGUGUCCCGCGGGCCCUGCCGGCAGCGACACCUUCCCUGUGCCCGGGGCCGUGUCCCACGGGCCCUGCUGGCAGCGACACCUUCCCUGUGCCCGGGGCCGUGUCCCGCGGGCCCUGCCGGCAGCGACACCUUCCCUGUGCCCGGGGCCGUGUCCCGCGGGCCCUGCUGGCCCUGA